AUGAAGGAAGGAAACAAAAAUAUGAAGAACCUGGAUGAGAAAUUUGUGUUCUGUGCAGUCAUGGGAGAUAGUAUGAAACGUUUUGAGAGUCUGAGAAUGUUCUCCUACCAGGAAUGUGAAGUCCUGCUUCUGUGUUUCUCCACCUGUGACCGGAAGACAUUUCACACUGUCAGUGACCUGUGGAUGUGUGAACUGAAGAGACACUCCAAACAAACCAAACAGAAGAGACCGAUCAUCCUUGUUGGCACCAAGAUAGACCUCCGAGUAGGGAAUGAAGACAGCGUGGUCAGCUCUGACGAGGGUGUCCAACUGGCCAAGGACAUUGGUGCUGACUGUUAUGUGGAGUGCUCGGCCCGCGACCACAAGGGUUUGAAGGAGGUCUUUCAGCAUGUUGUUCUCGCUCUCAAAUUCAGGAAAAAGAAAACCAACAUUUUCAAGAAGAUGUUCAGACGCAGAAGUGCCUCUUUUGCCAAUUAUUAA